GAGGGGAGCGGAGGUCGCUCCGUGACAUGAAUGAACCAUGUUCGGUAACGGACGCCUGGCUCUCCCGGUCUGCUCCGUCCUGCUCCCGCUGCUGCUCCGCCCGGCGGCCCCGCUGACCGGCGGCCGGCCCGUUAAGGACAGCAGUAAAGGGAGGGCGGAGCUGCACGACGUCCGUCUGCCGCCGCACGACGAUGACAGUCGCCGAGCCAGACAGUCCAACAAAAAGGAGGACGUGUUCCAGUGGUGGGGCGAGUGGUCCAGUUGGUCCUCCUGCUCCAGGAACUGUGGGGGAGGAGUCAGGAGUCAGGAGAGACACUGUCUCAUACAGAGGCUGUCCAGCACCCAGGACGUGAACAGCUCGUACUGCGCCGGCUCGCCUAAACAGUACCAGCUCUGUGCCAAUCAGGCUUGCCCCAGCUCCAGCGUCAGCUUCAAGCAGCACCAGUGCUCCCAGUUCAACUCCAAAGCCUUCGGGAGGAGGUACUACCAGUGGAUCCCGCUGUACCCAGCGGAUUACAUCAGCAUCUCCAACAAGCCGUGCGACCUGCAGUGCACCACGGUCAGCGGCGAGCGCCAGCUGCUGGUUCAAGCCCACGACGGAACCUUCUGCCGCGACGCCAAGUACCGAGGAGUCUGCAUCGAAGGCGUCUGCCAGCCCGUAGGUUGUGACGGCCAGCUGUACAGCAGCAAGACGGUGGACAGGUGUGGCGCGUGCGGCGGCAACGGGACGUCAUGCCAGCGCAUCUCUGGGUCGUACAGGAAGGCACUCACACAGUUAGGCUACGUGCUCAUCACCAACAUCCCCGCCGGGUCUUCAGACAUUCAGAUCGUUGAGAGGCGCAAGACAGAGAACAUCCUGGCGCUGUCGGACGAGGCGGGACAUUUCUUCUUCAAUGGAAACAGCGUGUUCGACAACCCCCAGAACUUCCACGUGGCGGGAACGAUCUUCAAAUACCGCCGUCCCGGCAACGUGUUCUCCGACGGCUUGGAGUACAUCAUCGCCCAGGGUCCCACGCAGCUGGGCCUCAACGUCAUGUACUACAACCUGAACGGGAAGCUCCCUCACAUCACCUACGAGUACACCAUCCCCGUCAGCUCUCACGGCCUGGCGGGUGUAGAAAUCCCCCCAGGCUCCGCCCACUCCCACAUCAACCGCACCCACAUGGAGGUAAACGAGGAGACCCUGCGGCUUCAGGGCGGCUCGGUGAACCACAGCCGGGGCGACGAGUCCGUCCGUCACUUCAGCAGCAGCCGUGUGCCGGCGGAGGAGGAGGAGGAGGAGGAGGAGGAGGAGGAGGAGGCCUGGGAGAUCCAGACAUCCAGCCCGCCUCCGCCUCCGCCACCAGCGGCCAUCUUGGUCUACAGACCCGCCGACGUCAGUCAUGUCUUCAGCCACAACGACGUGGAGGAGCCCGGACCGCUCACGCCGCCCGGUUACAGAAGCUCCUCCAACUCCAUCGACGAGCCGUCCGCCGCUGAUGAAAACACACUGCUGCUGUCGUUUCCAGGCCUUCAGAGUUCUCACCCUGAAGAAACCCCCCGCCUGCUGCAGGAGGGUUUACGCUACAACCAGACCAACACACACACUGCCGAGGACACGCUCGGCGGUCCGGCAGAAACCGGAGCGGAGCCUCUGGUGCCGCACCCCGACGUGGUGCCGAUCACCGGCACACACUCCGAUUCUGCACGCGCUGAAGCCGGCACACACCCCGGCGUUCUGGUGCAGCUGCAGCAGGUGUCGGCAGUCCAGAAGGCCAACACCGAGAGCAACGACUUCGACGUGGGUCUGGAGCCGGACAUCAGUCUGGCAGACAUGUAUCGCUGGAAGGUUUCUGCUUACGCCCCCUGCAGCUCCACCUGCACCACAGGCAUCACCACCAGCUACGCCUUAUGUGUGCGAUACGACGGCACCGAGGUGGACGACAGCUACUGCGACUCUGUGACCAGACCGGAGCCCACGCACGAGUUCUGCACGGGGAAGGAGUGUCCUCCACGGUGGGAGACCAGCGGGUGGAGCGAGUGCUCCCGGACCUGCGGCGAGGGCGUCCAGUACCGCACGGUGCGCUGCUGGAAGAUGCUGUCGCCCGGCUUCGACUCCUCCGUGUACGACUCCCUGUGUCUGUCCCACGACCUGCACAAACCCGCCAACCGCAAGGUGUGCCUGGGCCAGAGCUGCGGCCCCCAGUGGGAGGUGUCCGAGUGGUCCGAGUGCUCGGCCCGCUGCGGCUCGCGGGGCGUCCGCACCCGGGAGGUCCGCUGCUCCAUGGAGAUGAGGCUGUGCAACAAGUCGUCCCAGCCGGCGGAGAGUCAGGAGUGUGAAGGGCCGCCGUGCGACCGCCGCUGGACCGUGUCCGACUGGGGGCCCUGCUCCGGCGUGUGCCGGGAGGGCCGGAUGGCGCGCGUGGUCACCUGCCGCUCGUCCGGCGGCCUCGUGAUGUCGGAGGAGCAGUGCGACCAGGCGCUGCGCCCGCUGGCCAUCUACCCCUGCGGAGACAGAGACUGCGCCCCCCACUGGGUGGAGCAGGAGUGGCAGCAGUGUAACGCCACCUGCGGCCGCGGCGUGCGCCAUCGUCAGGUGGUGUGCGCCGGCCUGGAAGGAGGCGUGUUCAAGGAGUUUCCCGACAGCAGCUGCGAGCACGCCAGAAAACCCGAGACCAGGUCGUCCUGCUUCCAGAGGCCCUGCUCCAAGUGGUUCUCCACAUCCUGGUCACAGUGCAGUAAGACCUGCGGCAGCGGCGUCCAGGUCCGGGAAGUGAAGUGCUACCAGGGGGAGGAGCUGGUGACCCGCGGCCACAGCUGCGACUCGGCCCUCAAACCCGAGGCCCGGCGGAGCUGUGAGGUCCAGAGCUGUCCCACGGAAGCGCCAGCUGCGGCGCCGGCGGCCUCGGUGGCGGUGGACGACUCUUGCCAAGACAAGCCCACGGCCAACUGCGCCCUGGUCCUGAAGGUGAAGCUGUGCUCUCACUGGUACUACAGGAAGGCCUGCUGCCAGUCCUGCAGGGCGCCGCGCCCCUGAAGGCGAACUCUUACCUCUUUACUGGUGCUACACACAAGCCUGCUGCUAGCAACGGAAAGGCCGAGGACACUCCGAACCCGUUUACCUGAAGGUCGACACGCCGCCACUGUACUCUUCACGUCCAUGUUGUCCCGCAUCGACACUCCUAAAGCAAUGAGAGCUGAUCCUCCCCCAGCGGAGGGUGGAAAGGGUUUUAAUCAGCUGCCUUCAUGUUUCCCCGCCACUUCCUCCCCAGACAAUGUGAAGACAGACUAACGUCAGGACACACCGGGACACACUCCACGCUCUGUGUUCAUCUGUGGUGCAGCCUCAAUGUGAGAAAUAUAAACCAGAACCAAACGCA